CACCAGAAAAUCGUUCCGUGCGGCCCGUCCUCCGAGAUAUAUGGAACUCUCCAAAUACUCCUUCCUCUCUCUCUCUCUCUCUCCUUGGCUCGUUUCAUCCCUUUCUCUCUAAACCCUAGCGCCGCGACCCGAGCGAUCCCGAGAAGGUCUCCGCACGCUAGGUGGUCGCCGUAGAGUUUGAUUCGGAUGGCGGAGGAGAAGGUGGGGCGGAUCUUCGUGGGCGGGCUGUCGUGGGACACCACGGAGCACACGCUCAAGCGCACCUUCGGCCAGUACGGCAAGGUCAUCGAGGCGCAGGUUGUAGUGGAAAGGGACACAGGCCGCUCCAGGGGGUUUGGAUUUGUUACAUUUUCAGAACCACGGGCUGUGGAUGCUGCCAUUCGGGGAAUGCACAAUGGAGAACUAUAUGGCCGAAAUAUUUCUGUGAACAAAGCUCAACCUAGGAUGAACUCUGAUGAUGGCUAUGGAUAUGGUGGUGGUGGUGGUGGUGGUGGUUACUCAUCUGGUGCUCGAGGUGGAUAUCGCAGUGGGGCUGAUGUAGUUCCAGCAGCAAGUGAUGAUUGCUUCAAAUGUGGCCGCCCUGGACACUGGGCUCGUGAAUGUCCUUAUUCAGAUGGAGGUAGAACUGGAAGGUACUCUCCCCCUUCGAGGUAUGGCGGUGGCACUGGGGGACGUGGUGACCGCUUUGGAGGAUCAGACCGUUUUGCUAACCGCUAUGAUGAUGAUCGAUAUGAUGGUGGCCGUUAUGUGGACAGCAGGGAUACCUAUUAUGGUGCUGGACGUGAUCGUUAUGCCAGUGAUCGCUAUGCACCGGUAGCAGAUCGCUAUUCUGGUGACAGGUAUAGUGGUGCAGAUCGUUAUGCAUCGAGUGGCUUUAGCAGGGAAAGAAGUUAUGAGAGAGAUGGAGGGCGGACCAGCGGAAGUUACUACCGUGAUGAACCUAGGAGCUCUGGUGGCUAUGGCAGAGGUGGUCCACGUGGUGGGCCUGCUCGCUUUGGUGGGAGUUACCGAGAUAGACCUGCCCCCUAUGAUCGUCCCAGCAGGGGAGCGGGAGCUCGCUCUUAUGAUGAUCGCUACUGAUGGAGGUUAUCAUGGAGCAGAACAGAGAUAUCUAAUGUGUUCCAGUUACCAGUCUAUACUUUAUUUGCAUUCCCUAUAUUGAUGCUUCAACUUUGUUAUUCGGUAGUGCAGUUUGUUUAAUUAUUCUAUGAGACAAUGUUUGGGUACUUAAAUUAUUAGUAUGUUAGUAGUUAGUACCAUAAACUGUAGGCAGGUUGUGAUCCUGGUUCCUUCGUCAUGUUGUUUGAGUAUUUACUCGCAGUCCUGUUAAACUGAGUUGCAGUAUGUUAUCUUUGAAUCAGUCUGCUGUUCUGGACCUUGCUCA